AUGAAUAAAAUGAUUGUGACAUACAAAGAAACUCAAAAAAGAAGAAUGGAACAGACGCUCGAUAACUCUUCAAAGGUCAAAAGAGUCAGAUUUAAAGAGUACCGAUGCAUAUACCCCGGGUGCAAGGAAGGCCUGAAAACAAAAUACAACUGCCUCUCUCACAUCUACGACAUGCACGUAAGAGCGUUGAAUAAGACGGUCGAGCCGUUUAAAACAAUCAAAGACAAAAAGGCGGCGACCGAACUCUGUCUGCCUUAUUUGAAGUUUGAAGAGAACGCUGUGACGAAUCGCAAACGAAGACCUUACGACUUCAGCGAUUUGUUGCCUCACGACACCAUUAAAGCGUCUGACCAAGACGACAUGGAGAUCGACGCGAAUGACGGAUCAAACUCAGACGGUGUCGCGCAGUCAUCGAGUCCACCCCAAAUGAUUCACACGCCACCAAUUAAGAAUGAAGGUAUUGUCGAAUGCGGUGAUCCGUUAACACGACAACUUAAUAUGUACACAACAACACAACCAUUUUUAACCGACUCAAUAUCUUUCACACAAAACCCUAUCAAUGCGUUCACGCAAAACCCAAUUUCGUUAAAUCCACUGACUUACGAAUUAAUCAAUUCGUGCGGAGAGGACUUUGUGAGAGUGUAUUACGUCAAUCAAAACCUUCGCAGACUCCACGUCUUCGGGGAGGUCUUUUCGGAGAACGGAUUCUUCCAGCGGUCUGACGCGCGAUACAAACGAGACAUUCAAAACAUCGACAAAGCACUUGAAAAGAUCAAUUUGAUAUCGGGGAAGUCGUUCAAGUAUUUAAGUGACGACAAAAUGCGAUUUGGAUUUAUAGCGCAAGAACUCAAGGAAGUCAUUCCCGACGCUGUUCGUAUGGAAACGGACGGGUCUCUAGCGAUAGACCCGCUUUCACUGUUGCCUUACAUCGUCGAGUCGAUCAAAGAAAUCACUGCGCAACUCAAAGACGUUCAAAACAAGACGAAUUCCGUCAGAAGAUUUAUUUCAACUGCCGAAUCGACGUUACAAGAGAUCGAGAAGGUCAAGUCGUGUGAUGAAAACUCAUUAGGACCACCUAUAUACUGUGCGGGGUGUGGGAUGUUUUUCGGACUCUUGGCAGUCAUUGUUGCGUUGCAAGGAAGCUUCCCAUUCAUGUGGGGAUUCUUUAUGGUGAGCUCGCUGUGCUUCUGGACAAGUUUCCAGUUUGCGCCGCGAGGGAAGUUCAACUCGAAAUCGCAAUUUGGGCACUUUGUCAUCUUAAACAUUGGAGUGACAUGUUUGGCAUUGACUUUACUCAUUGGGUCCCUUCUUCAAAUGUUUCUUUGUAUUUACUCGGGUAUUCUGAUCACCAUUUGGAUCGCUCGAAUAUGGCUCGAGAAGACAUUUAAGUGGUUCUUUUCAGUCUCUUUGGUCGCGUCAUUCAUCGCGUGCUUGUGUCUCUUUGUCUUCCAACCGACAUUCAAGUGCGAUGUCUCCACCCCAAUGAUGAGGUCUAUUGAAUACCCCCAGAAGCUUGAAUAUAGCGAUUGGAGCGACGUCAAAUUUAACCUCACAUCAGACAUCCCGUGGAACUGCUUCGAGCCGAGAUUUGUGGUGAAUGGCAAGACUAUUAAAUUCCAAAGUGGAGACUCGAUCCUGUCGGCUAUUGCAAAAGAAGGGACAGUGACUCCUGAUAUCGUCGACGUCACUUUGGUGUGCUCGUCGUUUGAAUAUAAGUGCAAUGAGUAUUCAGUCGAAGGCAAACGUUAA